GGUCUUUCCGUUUUCUGUAAAUAUAAAAUCAUCACCAACUUCGAUGAGUUCUGCACUUCAGAAAUCAAAAGUCUGUAAAUCGGAGGCUACGUCUCAAUAGUUCAGUUCGUCCCUUUUUCUACUGUAUCUCUAUUAAAAUAAUGAGAUUAACAUGGAUUCUUGUAUUUUUGGUCGUCAUUGCUGAUGGUAUCGAUAGCACUCUGAACCACGCUUUUUAUUCACGAUGGUUACUAGGUACAGCUACAGAAGAACCAACAGAAAAACGACCGCUUUGCCUCACUCAACAAUGCAAAGAUCUCGCGAAAUCAUUAGUGGAAAGUAUAAACCAAAGCGUGGAUCCAUGCGAAGAUUUCUACGAGUAUGCAUGUGGCAAUUGGGCUAAAUAUAAUCUGCUUCCUGUUAACGAAACACGAUGGAAUAUGCUGAGUAAAAGUCAGAAGGAAGUUGAAGAACGUCUCGAAGAAAUCAUGGAAGAGGGGCACAAACACGAUGACCUGCAUGCCACAAAAUUUGCUAAAAUGGCGUUUGCAGUUUGCCUAGACACAGAUGAGAUAGAAAGAACUGGUCUCCAGCCACUCAUAUCCACGAUGUGGAGGGCAGGUGGAUGGCCAUUAAUAAUGGAGGAAGAUGAGUGGGAUCAGACAAUAUACAAAUGGCAAAAUGUGGACGAUUACUACGCUCGUUUGACAGGAUUAAAUAGUUUCCACGAUGUGCAUGCUUCUACGAACUAUUGGAUCCAUAAAGGACUACAUCUAUUUAUCAAUACCCCUCACUUAUCGCCAAAUGUGUACAAUCUUAUAAAUCUCCGAAAUAUUGAUGUAACAUAUAAUAACAGAGGCAACGAUAACGAAGAAGGAAGUCAAGAACGAGGCAGCGAGGAACGCCACGAUGAUGAUGAACUGAAAAUACAAAAAAGUGAUAUCGAUGAGAGAAAAAUCAGUAAUCAUAGAAUUGACGAAAAAGGAGCGAGUGAUACGAUCAAGAAAACAACGAAGAAACACGUCGACGAGAAGAAGUUGAAAAUACGAACGAAAAGAGCUACAAUAGAAGCGAGAGUCCGCAAUAAGAAAUAUCCUGUGCAAAGUGGAAUUGUCAAUCGAGUGACAAAUCCUGUGGCAAAAGAGAAUACUGAAGAACUGUCGAGGCAUAAGUUAGUGGACAAGUCUGGCAGCAGUGAAAAAUCGAAAGAGCCGGGUAACUGGAAUAAUCGUAAAGGAAUGGAGGACACGAACAACGAUUUAUAUUUCGACGAUGAGAGUGAAAAGGCGAAUCAAGGGGAGAACAAUAGCGGCGACAGGAAUGAUGAAAACGGCCGAGAGAAUGAUAGCAAUUAUAACGAACACGGUAGCGGUAGCGGUGAUUAUUAUGAAUGGGACGACGAAGACGGUAGUGGCAGCGGUGACUAUGAAUGGGACAACGAAGGUGGUAGCGGCAGUGGCGAUGACAGUGACGACGACAAAAGCGACGAAAUCUGGAAAGCAGAAGAGGAGGUGAGAAAAACGAGAGAAACGUACGCAGAGUAUAUGCUAAAUGUUAGUGUAGCACUUUCUGAAGCAAGAGGCAUUCGAAUACCGAGGGAGAGGCUUGUCCAAGACAUCGCCGACUUGGUUAAGUUUCAAAUAGAAUUUGUCAAGUAUAUUUUCGUGUACGAUGAGGAAGUAAAGGCUAAGCUUAAAACACUGCAAAGGAGAUACAACGCGUUGAAUCCUCGUACGGAAAACGGGAAAAUUAAUUGGAUAACGAAAGUGAAAGACGUGUUUGCUAUCGGUGGUAUGGAAAUUACUGACGACUACGUAUUCAUUUCGUCCUAUGGUUACAUCGAAGCGUUGAGCAAAUUAUUAGACAGAACUCCGAGUAGAAUAAUUGUGAAUUACAUACAUUGGAAUUUUCUUAGCAAAGUAAUAAAAGCUAGUACGAAAAGAAUGAGAGAAUUAUAUCACAAUUGGAAUAGUUUAGAAACAUUAGAGAGCAAAAGAACGAAGCAGUGUAUCGCUGAUACAAACGCAAAUUACAUUUUAGGAUACGAAUAUGUGAAACGAUAUUUAUCAGAGAAAGUUUUACAAGCGGCUUCAGAUAUGGUAGACGAGAUCCAAAAAGAAGUUGAAUAUCAAAUCAAAAGUUCAACUUGGAUGGACGAUGAAGUCAGAGAUAUCAUUUUGGAUAAAUUGGUAUACAUGAACAAGAAGAUCGGAUAUCCGAAUUCAUAUCGAAAUGUUACUGCCAUGAAGGAACAUUUCAGAGGGCUCAGCGCCAGCAAAUCGCACUUCGAGAACAUGUUAAGCAUCAUGAGAUAUGAAAAGUGGGAAAACCUGAGAACUAUAUUCUCAGAGAAGGAUCCUAUCGAAACAUUUGAGGAACUAGACUUUAAUCCAUUGAUAGUAAAUGCCUUCUUCUCACCCGUGGAGAAUUUCAUUCAAAUAACAGCGGUAGAUUUACAACAACCCUUCUUUGACUUUAAACAACCGUGGUAUACAAACUAUGGUAUUAUCGGGGUGAUCAUGAGUCACGAAGUAAAUCAUGGUUUCGAUAUUCUGGGCCGUUUAUUUAACAAAGACGGUGGUUUCGCGGAAUGGUCACGUAAAAUGCUGAAAGCGUACGACAAGAGAGCAGAAUGCUUUAUAGAUCAGUUUACCAGAUAUAGUAUCGUGGAGAGGAAAACAGGGAAUAUUUCUAUAGAGAAUUAUGGCAUGCAAACGUCAGCGGAAAAUAUUGCAGACACGAUGGCUUUAAAUUCUGUAUUUAAAGCUUAUAAGCGAAGAUUACGAGAAUGUGAGAAACCAGAUGUUGCGUUGCCAGGAUUAGAGCACAUGAGUAACGAGCAACUGUUCUUUCUAUCUUUUGCUAAUACAUGGUGUGAAGUGUUAACUCCCGAAAAAAUGGAAAUAAAAUUAAGACAGGAUUCACAUAGUCUCGGUUCGUUACGAGUAAUUGGUUCGGUAUCCAAUUCGAAAGACUUUGCUGAAGCCUACAAUUGUCCAUUAAACAGUCCUAUGAAUCCUAAAAAGAAAUGCAACAUAUGGGAAUGAAGAGAUUAUGUAUCGCUGGCUAGCUGGAAAAUAAUCAGAAAAUAAAUAUCCUUUUGAAAUUCUACGCUUUCGAAUGUUGUAUUAAUUUAAUUAUUUGUAUAAUUAUGAUUUGUACUAAUAAAAAACUGAUAUUAUAUUUUCAUUCAAGAAUCAAUCAU